UAGCAAUGAACACCCUCGUUUCCCUUGUUGCUACACAUUAGGAGGGAGGUGCCUGUCCCGUGCAUAAAUCGGGAAAAUCAAUAAUAUCAUUCACAACUCGCAACGAUUGACUCUCGAUAAGGUAUAUUUUAGUUGUUUAAGAAAUACAAUUGCAUCGUUCUAUGCCCGAAUUUUCUAUACCAGAAAGCAGCUGUUCGAGAUAGGAAGAUACUUUUAGUGGAAUUUACGUUGCAGUGCUUCUAGUUGUUCACGUUAUAUAAGGACAAAAGAAGGUGAUAAUACAGUUUAAAAACAGGUCUCCAUAUUAAGGAGUGUCGACGAAAAUCAAGAUUUGAUAAUCUUUGAAGGCAGAUAAGCGAAAAAAAGUCAUAAUCAUGAUCAACGCCAAUGUUUUCGAUAUUAUUUUGAUGAUGACGAUGUUGCUGAUGAUGAUGCUUUACUGUUUUGGAGAAAUAACUGCGAUGGGAUUCGACGAAUUUCCGAGCCAUCAUGAUAUCACGAAAAGAAUGGACCUCGAAAUUUGUUUGGAUCGGUUCGAUGUGCACCAGAACACGAUCAUCCGUACGGAGGAAUCCCGUUCGAUGGGGGCGAAAUUUCUCGACGAUGCCGAUCUGAGUUCACGGGAACAGUGUCGUCGAUUGUGCUGUGAAACCGAAAACUGUGACGUGUUUGUGUUUGAAGAAAAGAAUCAAGGAACGUGUUUUCUUUUCCAAUGUGGUCCACCGACCGAUUUCCAUUGCAAGUUCACACAUCAUUUCAACUAUACGAGUGCCGUCCUGAAAAUUCCUACAGUAGAUCAAUCUUCUCCGCCUCUGGUGUCGCAGAUACAUUCUUUGGCUCAGGUACCGCCUGUUUCCAUCGUGCCGAAAUUAUCGCAGCACGAGUUGGAGCUAGUGAACCUGAAGGCACCCAAAACGUCGACCCCAUCGACAACCACGACCUUGCUGCCUCCGUUGGGUGUCCAGCUGGGUAGAUUUUCUCAAAGCACUUCGACCACCUCGAAGCCAUCUACUACUGUUCCGUGUAGGCUGUACGAAUUUGCCUGCCAUUCGGGGGAAUGUAUUGCGGUUUACAACGCCUGCGAUGGUAUACCGCAGUGUGCAGAUGGAAGUGAUGAAGGACCAGAGUGUAGACGACCUGGACCGACGAAAAACUUCCAGACUCCUCAAUCUCAACAGCAGCAACUGCCCCUAUUGCAGCAACAGAACCUGCUAAACGGAUUGUCUUUGCAAAAGCCGUUGAUGCCCCCUAUUUAUCAACCGGAUGUCCAACAGCAACAACUCAGAGGUUUGCAACAGCAACAACAGGACCAGGCAAAAAUUAUCCACAAUCGGGAAGAUCCCAUGACUGCACCUAGAUCAUGGACCAAACCGCUCAACGAUCCUCAACAACCUGCUUACAUCGAUCCUACCGAUAGCAGAAUCUUCAGCCACAAAGGAGGACUUCAGCUUGCAUCAGCUAACAGUAUGGUGGUUCCUCAAUAUCAAGAUACGCUACCCGACACCAGUUACGUUCCCAACAUCCCUCGGAACAAUGCUUACAUGCAAAUUCCGUUCAACUACCAAUCGGGAGCUCCCCAGAUGGGACCACCUCAACGAGCGAUGUGGCCACCGCAACAAACGCAACUUCCUCAGGAACAGUACGUUCAGCCGCCUCUCCAACAUCAACCUGAUCUUAUCCAGCAGCAAAACCCGCAGCUCAUUCAGCAAACUCAGCAAGCGCCUCCUCUCCAAGUACAGUCACAACAGCAACAAAAAACUCCACAAACACAGCUUCAACCUACACCCAGCACGCAAUCCAAACCGGUUGAACCACCGGCACAAGAACCCCAACAAGCCAAGAAACCCCCGAAGGAGUCCCCUCAAAAGUCAUCCGAAGAAUACGAUACAUACGACGAACACGAGUAUCAAGAUGGCGGCCACCAGCAGCAGUCUUCCAACUCCGGUGAAGACCAACAACAACAGCAGCCCGAAGAGAAGCCGGAUCCACCGAAGAAGACCAAACAGCACAAGCAUCGGAAGCAGCAACACGGCGACGAGCACGAGAAGAAACGCAAGAAGCCCAAGGCCGGUAGCGUCAAGAAAGACCGAAGCGGUGAACACGCUGCAAUGCCACCGGUUCACGAGCACCUCAAGAUGAUGCGGAACGAUCUGGAAAUCGAGUUUGCCGAUCACGAUGGGCAGGCCGAAAGACCCGGCGGGGCCGUGCUGUCGCUGACCUUGGGUGCCAUUCUCACAGCAGCUCUGGCCAUUCUGAUCGGCUGCCGAAUGAAGGUGGCCCGGAGGCGGAUCCGCCGACAGGGCAAAUCUUCGUACGCUCACGAUGCCGACUUUCUGGUCAAUGGAAUGUAUCUCUAAACACCGUCGACAACCGGAAGUUCCGUACUAAUACAGAUACAUAUAAGCAAGCAAGCAUACAUAGUUCAGUGUAAAGGUGUCAAGAAUGAUGUACGACCGGCCGAAUUGACUGUUGCUGUAUACCCUCCCCCAUCACUUAGGUUUAAAUCACUAGGUUCUAGGUACUAAUAAUAACUGCAUUAAAUUGUAAAACCGUGAUCCACAGUAACAAAUGCAUUUUGUUUUUGUUCCAGCCUGUUUAACGAUGAAGUUUCGUUUAAUAAAAACUAUUGGAAAA